AUGGCACGUGGACAGCAAAAAAUCCAAUCCCAGCAAAAAAAUGCGAAAAAACAGGCUGAAAUGAAGAAAAGCAAUGUGGAUCAAAAGAAGGCUGCAAGCAAGGCGUUGAUUCACACAUGCACAGUGUGCAAAACACAGAUGCCGGAUUUGAAGACGUACAAGCAACACUUUGAAAAUAAACACCCGAAAAACCCAUUGCCCCNCCCCAAGAACUUGUAG